CGCCGCGGACGCAGCUGACGCCGCCGGGGCUGCAGCCGAACCGCCGGGAUGCUCAGGGUUCCGGAGCCGCGGCCCAGGGAGGCGGGGGCGGCCGGCCAGUCCAAGCCGCUCACCUCCUUCUUCAUCCAGGACAUCCUGCGGGACGGCGCGGAGCGGCGCGGCGGCCACACGGGCAGCCCGCAGCCCCCGUGCCAGCCGGACGCGCGACGAGAGCUGGAGCCGGAGCCCGAGGGAGGAAGAGGCGGCGCUGGGGCGCCGGAGGACGAGUGGGGCGCCCGGCCGCGCGCUGCGCAGGAGGCCGACAAGCCGGCGGCGAGCGAGCCAGAUGGACACUUUGAGGCUUAUCUAUUGGACUAUGAAAACAGUGCAGGCGCCUUGCCAAGCCUUCCCCAAACCCCGAAGCAGCCACAGAAGCGCUCUCGAGCCGCCUUCUCCCACACUCAGGUCAUUGAGUUAGAGAGGAAGUUCAGCCACCAGAAGUAUCUGUCAGCUCCUGAAAGGGCUCACCUGGCCAAGAACCUCAAGCUCACUGAGACCCAAGUGAAAAUAUGGUUCCAGAACAGACGCUAUAAGACCAAGCGAAAGCAGCUCACUUCGGACCUGGGAGGCCUGGAGAAGCACUCCUCCCUGCCGGCUCUGAAAGAGGAGGGUUUAUCUCAAGCCUCCCUCAUCUCCAUGUGUAACAGCUACCCUUACUACCCCUACCUGUACUGCUUGGGAGGCUGGAACCCGGCUUUCUGGUAAUGCCAGCUCAGAUGACAAUCACGAAUGAUCAAAAAACACUGCCUUCCCCAGCGUGUCUCUCUGGAUGGCAAAAGGGACCAGGCUCAGGGAGGACAGAGGAGCAAGAGGUAUGCAGGCCGAAAUUGUUGGAGGUUUGCAUGGACAUCCUAGGUUCUUCACUGGGGGGCUAGUGAAAGAUCUGGGACAGUGACUAAUAUCCAGAUGGCUCCCUAACACAUAAAAUGGGCCAUUUUUGCUCUUAAAGACCUGCGUGAAGUGGGGAGGGACAAAGUCUAGUGCUGUCUCUAGCACUUUCUAUUUCCGUAUGAGCAGUCCCCAUCACUUCUGAGGAUGUUGUUUCAACUCCAUCCUCUUGUGUAACUGAGCAUCAGCCUGGAGGGAUGCAAACCUGAAGGGAAACAGGAUGGCCAGGAUGAAGGUGUCACCUCCUGAAUCCUGAAUCACACCUAAGUUCAAAAACCUCUCGUUGGCCUUGGUUUACAACGAAGGUUUCUCCCUGUCCCUGUGGGAGAGUGGAAGCCAGAGGCUCUUACAGAGAAACCGGUCCUGCUCAGCACAGAUCGGCAUGGGAUAUGGAGAUGGGUAGGAGGAGGUGAAAAUAUAAGCUUCUUAUUAUUCCUUUUUAAGUAACACGCCAACCUUAAGUAUUCACAGGGUGGCCCAAGUAGAACAGGAAGCACUCACCGUGGUUUUAGGACAAGCUGUAUAAACAGAACUCUGCUGCAAGGGGUGGGCCCGGGCCAGAAGAGUCUCCACAUGUCUGAGACAGCAGCCUGAGGAGGGCCCUCGGCACUGCUGCUGGGCGGCAUUACAUUUUUAUUAAUAAAGGUUCAAUAAAAGCCUCCCCUGGACCUUUUUUGCCCCGGACCUGAGAAUUCGAACGAGAAAUUUCCUGGAGUUUUCGGGCUGUAAUUCAGACUACAUCAUGGCAGAUCACAUAAUCCUUUUCCUGUAAACUCCUGUCCUCCCUCCCUUCUUUUAUUUUUUGUUCCUUCUCCACAACAAUCACCCGCUGAAGGGCUUCUUUUCAGUCCAGACUUUUAGUCUGGCUGCACCUAACAUAUACACCUUCCUUAUUUAGCCUGAGAUCUGGUCUUUAUCCCCCCCUGCCCUCCCCCCGACAAGGCUUUAUCUCUCCUGGGGUUAAAAAAAAAAAAUUAGUGGAGGGGGCUGGAGAUUCUGAUUCGGCUAAAAGACAUGCAUUUUUUUUUUUUUUUUUAACUAGCAAUUAUUUAAAAAAAAAAAAUACAACAUUAAAUCCCAAAUCCUAUUUAAAGACUUGACAGCUCUAAAAGGUCACUGCUACCUUUAUAAACUUUCUGGUGGCUCUGUUGUUACAGUUCAAAGUCUGACAGCCCUCUGGGAUCCCCAGAGGAGAAGGCAGAGAAGGUAAGAGGUGUUGGGCUUUCAGACACAAAGAGAACAAAAUGAAGAACCGGGCAUCGUUGAGCCGUCCGGUGGAAAUACAGGGUUCACGGGCAGGGUGCAGAGAAAAGGCAGCUGGCACCUUAGGGAGCUGGGUCCCCAGCCACAAGCUGAGGGGGCACUUUGCCAGAAGGGGCUAAGAGAAAGGAAACGGUUUUCAAAACAUUAUAGUGGCGUCCAUCACCAGACAAUGAAACUGUCCAAAUACUUCGGGAACUGCGUUUAAUGCCUAUAAAGAACGGGUCCCCCAAAAGAGACAACUAGUGACUUCAGCAAGAAUGAGAAGAAGGCAAAGAAGAAAUUGGGCCACCCUUCUGUUCCCACUCGAUUAUUUAAGGUGACCUGGCAGAGGGGAGACAUCAGAGUAAAAGAAGCCAGUUACUAAUGAGGUACCCUGAGGCCUGGAAAUCUCUUGAUCCCACUACUUAAUUCUGUUUAGCGAGAAACCAUUCAAUUUCCUCCUAUUAAAAGGGCCGAUUUACUGUUGGUGGCAAAACUGCCAGAGUUGAUAGAAAGUUGGCCCGUUUCACCCCAUUUUCUACCGUUUGGGCUCCACGUUGAAAUACUGUUAAAUGCUCGGCUGCUGACAAGUACUCGGGGCACAGCCAGCGGACUGGCCUAGAUUGCUUGCUCCGUUCACAUGUCUUUUAAGAGAAGCAUUUAGUGCUCACUCCCUGCUCAGUACCCAUUCUCGCCCACCCUCUCCAUUUACUUCUUUUAACCUGCUGUUCUACAAAUAUUGAACAUUGUACCAUGAUGGCGUGCUGUGUUGCAAAAAAAAAAAAAAAAAGUCUUUGUUUAAGGUCAUUUGGUCCGUCAAUCCGUCUUGCUUUUCCUCCACUGGAGCGAGGCACUCACCCACAUCUGAACUGGCGGAACAAGCACUUGAAGAACUCCCGUUGGGUACCUGGUGGGUGAACUCGAGGGCGCCCCUGACCACUUCACCCAGACAGCCUGUUUUCCGUUUCGUACGUUAGUUUGGAUUCUCCACAUGCGUAUCAAACCCUGCUGCAGUCUGUGAUGGGACAGCCUGUGACUUGACAUUUAGUGAAGGACCCCAGCCAAACUUUAUUUUUCUAUGUAUUUUUUUUCCAACAGGAGUGUUUUUAAAAUAAAGUACUGUGACUUUAUUAGACCUA